AUGGCUGAUUUCAGGAAGAUGGAUGUCAUCAAUUUCACUGCCUUGCCAAUGGUGCCAGUAGAUGAGCACCCGGCUGUCUCAUUCACCCCACGGAAAGCAAUGAAGGAUGCCAUGAGGAAGAAUCUGGAGGACAGUCCACCCUCCUGGCGCACUGGCUCCAUACAGCAGGUGAACCAAGGGAUUGCUGACACGGACCUGAGUCCCAAGCCGUUGGUGCACAGCCUGGCAAUUGAGAAGUACGAGAUGGAGAAGAAGGCUUUAAAAGGAGAGAGAAGUCGCGGCGGCUUGGGAGACAGAGAAAAGAGCGAAAGAAAAUCUCAGUGUAUUUGCAAAGGCUCAGAAUCCAGGAAUGUCAAAUCUUUCAUUAUCAAAAGGAAAACAGCGGACAAAAAUAUGCUGGCAGAGCUGUACCAGUAUCCACAGUUUGACGACUCUAAGCCAAACAACCUUCCAAAUGGGGUGGACUUCUAUGACAUGGUGGGCAAUGUGAUCCAGGCUAAGAGAAGCCCCCUUAGUGGCAAGUCUUUCUGUUCAGAUAGAGAAUUAGAGCAGUUUCUCUCUUCUCCUUCUGUAAGAGCCAUAUGGCUGGAUAGCUUCUGGUGGAUCUUUCAUGAAAGGUACCAGCCAAAGAAGGAAGUCCAGAGCAAGCUGUUCGACCGGAUAGCCCAGCACUAUGCCUUUCUUUUGUCUGGUGAAUCCAGGUCCCACUAUGAAGAGGCUCUCUUAAAAAGGUUGCCAUCACUUCUGAGUAAAGCCCUGUACACCAGCUUCUGCUGCUGCUUCCCUCAGUCCUGGUUCAACACUCACGAAUUCAAGUCUGACAUCUGUAACACCAUGAGCCUGUGGAUUUCAGGUAUAUAUCCUUGCCCACACAGCUAUAAUAGCUGGGACUACUCGAAACUGGAUCCAGAGAGAUUCCGGAGAGAAGAAUUAAUGUUGCAGAGAAAAAGACUGCUGAAGGGUAAGAAGAAUUCAAUGGAUGGCUCACAAAUACAGAAUACCUCAACAGAGCAUAAUUAUCAGACUCUGGUCUUGAGGAAAGCAACACAACAAGUCAAAAGGAUAUCAGCAGCAAGAGAACUUGAGAAUAUGCUUCCUAAGCCGUCUUACCCUGCCUGCAAAAGCCCUGAGAUGACUUCAAACCUCUUCAACAUUUAUGGGAAGAGCCCUCUGAUUGUAUACUUCCUCCUGAACUACGCCUCUCUGCAGCAGCCUGGCAAAGACGUGUUGAUGAUCAGGAGGGAAAAAACCAAGAGCAUCCCUGAGUCCGCCCUGACAUACGUUGAGGUCAUCAGCCUGACCCUGACCAACAUGAAGAAGCGGAGGGACGACCUCCACCAGCUGAACCGGCUUCACUGGAGUGAGUGGAAUCAUUUCAGUGCAUACCUGAAGGAGCUGCACAACAACUUCCGCAGGGAGGUGAAGAAUAUUGAUCAAAGAGCAAAAGACAAAAAACAGGCGAACCACAUGUUCAUCCAGCCUUCAACCUUCAUUGAGGACUCCCCUGAAAAGAAAUCUAGAAGAAGCCAUCAGGGGGAGAUUGCGUCUUUUGAGGUUUGUUUGAACGAAGACCAUGGGAAAAGUAGAAAUGUGAACACUUUAGGAAUUCUUAAUACGAAGGAAAAGGAGGAGAGGGAAAGAGAAUGGAAACAGAAAUUGAACUACUCUUCUUUCUCACCAUCAAGCCCUGAUGAAUUCUAUUCCCUGGAACUAGGAAGCCCCUACAAAAUCUCUGAUAUUUCUGCUACCAGAAAGGUCAUCAAGAAGUCAAAACCAAUGCAGAAAAAGUAGUCUUCCUUAUCCUCUCACCUUC